UAUUCAGGUGAAGUGCGCGAAUAAACUCUCGGUUAUUAUGGAUCGACUGGAUGAGUGGAGCUUCAAGUCCAAGAAAAUGGAUCUGGAGGAGGAUUUCUACUUUGACUACGGAGCGGAGGAAAUGACAGAUUAUCAAGACCCCAAUGAACUUGUGGCUGCUUUGAAACAAAAGGAGGAAGAGGUUAUUUUGGCAGCCCAGCUGGGAAACGCAUUGCUCCUGGAAAACCGUCAGUUGAAAGAGAAGAGCGACAAACUUCAUGAACAAUACGCAGACAAGCUGGAGGAGCUGGAGCAGGGCAGGCAUGAGCUGCGGCUGAAGCUGGAGGGCUGCCAGUCCCAGUGGGAGAGCCAGGUUGGGGACCUGGAGAGGGAUGUGAGGGAGCUGAGCGCCCAGGUGGAGCGGCUCACCCGGGCCCUCGGCGAGGCCGAGAGGGACAAGAGUCGAGCCCAGCUGGAGCACAGCGAGCACACACAGCGACUCAGGGAGCAGCUCAACACUGCGAUGGAGGUGGAGAGAGCCAUGUCCAGUGAGCUGCAGGCUCUGAAACAGGAGCUCCAACAAAAAGGAAGCAAUAACAGGCCGCAGGAUGAGGAGCUGAUCAGUGCCAUGAAGGAGCAGGUGCUGCGUCUCACCCAGAAGGAGCAGGCGCUGGAGGAGCGUUUGGAAAGUGUGUGUCAAGAAAACACUGAACUGAGGGCGAGUUUGGCCUCUUUACACACACGCCUGGCUCUGCAUGAUCAACUCAACCAGCAGCACAGCCAGCAGCUAGCUGAGGCAUGGCAGGAGGUCGAGGCGGCAAGGGGUCGCUCACAGCAGCUGCAGGCCCAGGUGGAGGAGCUCCAGGAGGAGGUGUCCCUGCAGGAAGGCAGGAGCCACGGAGAUGCCUCCCUGCUGUCAGAGCUGGAGAGCAGCCUGGAGACCGCAGGGCUGGGAGUCAGCAAAGAAGAGAUAACGCUAGAAAUGGGCUCCAUCCUUCAGUUGCUGCUGCCCCUGACCCAGAAACUGAACAUCUCAGGAAGGUUGGAGGCCGUGGAUCAAAAGGAGGACCUGCAGGCCAUGCUGCAUCAGCUGAAGGGAGUAGCCCAAAGCCUGGCACAGGCAUCCAGCCCACAGGAGCUGAAUUGGGCUUUUGUCCACAGGACGGGCGAUCAGUGUGGGAAUCCAAGCGCAGCUCAGGAGCUGAGAGAUCAGAGCAUGCAGCUGCAGCAGGAAAACGCUGAGCUGAAGCAGAAGCUGCAGAGCGUACAGGAACAGGCUGAAGUCGUACAGCAGGCCAUCAGAGACCGAGAUGAAGCCAUAGCCAAGAAAAACCUGAUGGAGGCCGAGUUGGUGAGAAGUAAAAAUGACAUGAUGUCUCUGAACAACCAGUUAUUAGAAGCCAUCCAACGCAAACUGGAGCUGUCCCAGGAACUGGAGGCCUGGCAGGACGACAUCCAGAUCAUCAUCAACCAGCAGCUCAGGUCCCAGCAGCAGUCGGAGCAUCCUCAGAAGAAGCCCAACACCAAUGGCAUGUCCUUCUUCCGCAGACCCAGCAGGACAGCCUCCACCUGGACCCGCCAGCCUUCCUCCACCUCCUCCUCCACCUGGAGUUCAGACACUAAUCAGAACAAAACCCAGUCUCCCUGGAGGGAUUGGUUAAGACGGGGGAAAGGGGCAAAUAAUGGACAGUGAGUGCUACCUCCUGAAAGCUGAGGAGAGGUCUGAGGGAAGUCACAAGUGCUGCUUCCCGCAUGUCACGUAUGGUGAAAAGAAGCCAUAAAGACACUUUUAAUUCAGUGAUGAACAACAGAGCCGCAGCGGACAAAGGCUUGUUAAACGGGCACAUACUUCUACACAUUUCACUGACAGGCUGAGCCUUUCUAAAAUCUCAACUGUGACAACCUGAAACACUAAUUUUCUCACACAUUUACAUGAGGAGGUUUGCUUGAGACUGUAAAUAUUGUGCCUUAUUUUGUAACAUUGUGAAUGUCUUUAUGUCUCAGACUUUCUGUGAUACACGUGGUAGGUGUAGAUCAGUGGAUUUAUUUCCGAUUAUUUAAUGUUACAGAUCAAAGAGAGAGAGAGAGAAAGAAGUAUGGUCAGGAAAUAAGAAUCAAAUAAUUCAUUUGUAAAAUUGUACUGAAUUGUCUUCACACACCACAUUUGAUGUGAGAAGUUACAUUUUUUACUGUUAGUUUUGCUCAAAAGCUAAAUGUGUAAAAAUGUUAAUUGUAAAAGACACACUGAAAACAUGUAGACUAGCUGUUAUUUUUUAUAAUUUUUGCUCUUGUCUUUUUUUGUUUUCUCUGAAUGAUGACUUGGUGCGGUAUGAGCGCAUGUACUAUGUGUAUGUUCAGUGUUCAAUAUUAAAGCUGCUCAGUACAAACUGGGUUAUUUUCUAA